AACAAACUUUCUGGUCAAAUACCGAUUGAAAUUGGGAGUCUCUCCACACUUGAAUAUUUAGACUUUUCCCAAAACCAAUGGGAAGGACCCAUUCCUCCCUAUGUUGGUAAUAUUACUGGGUUGUACAAUUUAAAAUUAAGUCAUAACUUAAUAAAUGGAGAGAUACCUCCAAGAAUUGGCGAUCUUACCAAAUUAUACAGUUUAAAUCUCAGUCAUAACUCCAUCAGUGGAGAGAUACCUCCAACAUUUGGUAAUUUAACCCAACUACAAUCCGUUGAUCUUUCCUUCAACCAACUUUCUGGUCAAAUACCGUCUGAAAUUGGGAGUCUCUCUAGACUUGUAUAUUUAGACCUUUUCCAAAACAAAUUGGAAGGACCCAUCCCUUUCAGUAUUGGUAACCUUACCAACUUAGAAACUUUUAAUCUCAGUCAUAACUCUAUCGGUGGAGAGUUACCUCCUCAAACAGUGCAAUUGCAGAACUUAGCGUAUUUGGAUCUAAGCUAUAAUAACCUUACUGGCACCAUUCCUGAUAUACCUUAUAGCUUCCUCCUCUAUGACAUCAAUUUUUCGUUUAACAAUUUCACCGGUCGAAUUCCAUGCAAUUUGAGAAGCCUGCCCCUUGAUAGUUUUAUUGGCAACAAGGGCUUAGACGCAGAUGAAAUAAAUGUUUGCGCUUCACCUACAGCAAAGCCAAAAAUGUGGAAGCAGUAUGCAAAGAUCUAUGUUAACAUUACCUUAUUUCUUGCCUGCUUGAUUAGUGCAUCGUUACUCCUCUAUCGUUGGCUCAAAAUCAAGAAUUCACAACCUAAGCCAAAAGAAUCAAGAAAUGGAGACAUAUUCUCUGUAUGGAACUAUGAGGGAAGGAUUGCCUUUGAAGAUGUCAUUGAAGCUACUGAGGAUUUUGACAUCAAAUACUGCAUUGGAACAGGUGGCUAUGGUAGUGUUUAUAAGGCACAACUUCCAAGUGGUAGAGUAAUUGCAUUGAAGAAACUCCACAAAAUGGAAGCAGAGGAGCCAAGUUUUGACAAAUGUUUCAAGAAUGAGGUGAAACUGUUAACAGAAGUUCGUCAUAAGAACAUUGUCAAGCUUUACGGUUAUUGCUUACAUCAAAGAGCAAUGUUCUUAAUUUAUGAGUGCAUGGAAAAGGGAAGUUUAUUCUAUGUCCUAAGAAAUGAAGAUGAAGCAGCGAAAUUAGGUUGGAGAAAAAGGGUGAACAUUGUGAAAGGAAUUGCACAUGCUUUAUCAUACUUGCAUCAUGAUUGUAGUCUACCAAUUGUUCAUCGAGACAUUUCAAGCAACAACAUUUUAUUGAACUCUGAUUGGGAGGCUAUUAUAUCUGAUUUUGGAACAGCAAGAUUUCUUUAUCUUGAUUCAUCCAAUCAAACUGUACUCGCAGGCACUCGCGGUUAUAUUGCUCCAGAGCUUGCAUAUAGUAUGAUGGUGAAUGAGAAAUGUGAUGUGUAUAGCUUUGGAGUGGUGGCGUUGGAAAUAAUUAUGGGAGAGCAUCCUGGAGAACUUCUUUCUUUGUUACCUUCAUUGCCAUCAGAUUCAAACAUAAUGUUGAAAGAUGUAUUAGAUUCUCGUCUCCUUGCUCUCAACAACCAUGUGGUUGCUCAAAGUGUGAUUCUUGUGGUCAAAUUAGCAUUGGCAUGCCUGAGAUCCAACCCAAAAUCUAGACCAACAAUGAAGCAAGUGUGUAGAGAGCUUGUUGUUCACAAGCCAGUUCCAUUGCCUCAACUUCUUCAACAAAUUCCUCUGUGGCAUCUGAUGCAUCAACACAUCUGCAUUCUGGAGCAAAAUUAACGAUUUCUUCAGGUGUGUUGUUUAGCAUUUGCUUUUCCUUACAGAACAAUUAAGUAAAAAAGUUUGUCGUUAUAAAUAAAUUACUUUAUUAAUUAUCAUUUUGCAAUAACAUAAUCUCUCUAAACCAUUUCUAUGACGAUAUGAUUCAG